AUGACGAGUUUCAUAUCCUCUAAUAUAGGAGAGCCAGUGAUAGAUGAGGUGACAUUGCUAAAUAGUCCAGACAUUUUACGAUGCUGUAUUGUCUUGGAGCAUCAUAAGCAUCAGAGAACUAAACCACAUCCUUUAAGCGAGCUUAGUGACUUAAAGAUCCAACAGGGUUUAAUCAUCAAGGAUUUACUUUUUUCACUUCUAGGGUAUGACGGGUACUAUAUCAGAUAUAGUGAUAGAUUUGAUCAAUCAAAUAUAGAAUCAAGAAUUAAGGGUCCAGAUUUCAAAAUAGCCAAACACUUGGAUAUAAGUUUGAAGAGUAUAACUAAAAAAUUAGUGAGAUAUGGAAAAUAUUAUUCUGGAUUGAUGGCGUUUUUGGAAUACUAUGAUCAUCAAAAUUUCGGUAAGGUUGUUCAAAAACUCUGUUUUCUUAUAACAGACUUUUUAAACGAAUAUCAAUCGGUAAUAAUCGAACUCGAACAUGAAUUUAAGUUCAACUCCGCAUUUAAUUUAAAUGUGAUGGAAAACGUAUUAAACCAAAGGGUAUCAGAUAAGUUGAGUCAUAUUUACGAAAUCGUAACAACCAUUCAUUAUGACACUGCUACUCGAAUAUCCAAAUUUAAAGGCAAGCAAAUUCCUUUCGAGGACUUCAUUCAUAACAUUAGAUCAUCUUUGAAAACUACAGGAAAUAUAGAUGACUCCAUAAACAGCGGAAAUUUUGAAUACUGCAAGGGUGGCCUAGUUUUAGAAAUUAUUCAAGGCAGAAUAAAUGCUUACAAAGGGGAUUCUUUAUCUCUCUCGUUUCUAAUGUCCUUGUUUGAUUCUGUUAGCGAAGAAUACGUUGUCAUGCUUAAUAAUUGGUUAAUAAAUGGAGACAUUGAUGAUCAGUUUGAUGAAUUUUUAGUUAGAAGAAAACAAGUACCGUCAAAUCUUUCCGAGGUUUUAGGUCCAACGAGUGAACACUACUGGAACGAACUUUUCGUGAUUAGAUCAGAUGGACUCAUUGGUCAAUUUAAAAGUAAAGAGAUUCAGCACAAAAUAUUGAAUACUGGAAAGUUUUUGAAUAUUUUUAAAGCUUGUACUGGCAUGGAAAACUUUCAAUCUUUGAAUGAAAUUUUAGACCCAAUAAAUAAAAUAUUUUCACAAGAUUUAGAAUUGAAAAUUGAACUUUUUUAUGAACGGGCCAAUAAGCUUCUAAUGAAGCUUCUCUUUGAAGGUUAUAACUUAACUGGCCUUAUUGAGUCAUUUCAAACGACUUUUCUAAUCAAUAAUCCUACUAAUAUUGACUGUUUUUUGGAGAAGGCAUUUUACGAAUUGAGAAAAAAUCGAUACUCAAUAUCGGUCACAAGGUUGGAAAAAGCAUACGAUGAGAUAUUUGAAAAUCAUCGGAAGUUCAAGGUUGGAGGAAAAAGUGUGCUGACAAAUAUAAAGGAAAUUUUGAACUAUAAUCAAAAAUUCGCUAUUACUAAUACCAAUUUUUAUGACGUUGCAAAGGAAAUAAUGAAUGUUGAAUCUUUUGAUACCGAGAAAGUUUUUCAAAACGACCCAAACUUCAGAACGUUUCUUUCGAAAACAUUUGAAAGAAACCAGAUACUGUCUGCUGAUUCCAAUUCGAACUUAUAUGACCCUGAUCACUCAGACGAAUAUGCAAUCGCAAGUGUGGACUUGACAAUUGACUUGCCAUUUCCGUUGAACUUGAUUGUCAAUAGAGAACUAUCAUAUCACUAUGAGCUAAUGUUCAAAUUGAAAAUAAUCAUCAAAUUCAUAAACCUUUUUAAUAACAAUAUGUGGCAUGAAAUUUGUCACUCGUCUGUUUGGAAAUAUUCAGCUUUCGAGUUGCGUAUAAAAAAAUGGAUUUUACGAUGCAGGGUACUUCAUUCCCGAAUGAGAGACUUCAUAGACCAACUUCAAUUCUAUAUAGAUUUUGAUGUGAUUGAAACAAAUUAUGGUCUUCUCAGGCGUCGUAUCGAGAUGAUCCAAGAGUCUCUCAGGAAAAGUGCGAUAGGAUCAGAUAUGAAAAAGGAGAACCUGAGAAAGUCGGUUUUUGAGACUGCCCCAUAUUCGAAUUUCAGUAGUCAAAAUACUAAUUUAUUCAACAGACAAAACUUAAGUGACCGAGUCAAUUCAACUGCUAAUGCAUCAUCAUUAAUUGACACUAACAAUUUCAUCGCUAAGUUGAAUGAAUAUCUCAAUACCAUAGUGAAUGAUUCAUUGAUCACUAGACCCGAUUUGCUAAGCGUGUUAAAAAAUAUGUUUGAUAUUCUAAUCCUGUUUAAUAACUACUUGAGUAAAUUGAAGAAAGGGUUGAUUCUAUGCGAUAAGCAAUUAUUUUCAGAAUUCUCAAGAGACUAUCCUGAUAGAUUCAGUAACAAAACAAUGGAUGAAGAUCUGAUUAAUAAUAGAAUAAGGAAUCUUAAUGAUAGCUUGAGGGAUCAUUACGAAAUCUUCGAUGAUUCGUUAACUGAGUUUAUUGUGACCCUAAAAUCUUACGGCGAGGCGGAAAAUAAGCAGAUUCUUAUUUUAAGUGAGAGACUAGAAACAUACUUUCCGGAAAAAAUAUAA